AGUAGAAAUUCCAACACAAACGGUGCAGUUUUAAUUCCCACACUUGUAAACCAGUAAUGGCGACUGCUCGGAUUCCGUCGGCGUCUUUACUUGGUUCGAAGCCGCCAGUAGGCCGAUCAUCUUCCAUCGUCUCGUCUCCAUCUCGCUUCAGCCUGAAUUCAAAAACCUUUCGAGCGCGGCGAAUCGCAUGUGAUUACUCUUGCUUCGAAAUAAAGGGAGUCACCUAUCGACCUCCAGGGACCGAGGGUGAUCUUUUAAAUGGAAUUAGUUUGUCACUUCCAGAGAACAGUUUCGGACUGAUCUUUGGACGAAGUGGAAGCGGGAAAACUACUCUAUUGCAGCUGAUUGCAGGAUUAAGUAAACCAACAUCAGGUUCAAUCUACAUACAAAGAUACGAUGAUGAUGGUCAUCCAAAUCAGGCACCGGAAUUAUUGCAACCCAGAAGAGUUGGUAUUGUUUUCCAGUUCCCUGAAAGUUGGUCUAGGUUUUUUAUUGCAGACAAUGUUCUCGAUGAAAUAAUAUUUGGGUGGCCCCGACAAAGAGCUGGCCUGCAAGUGAGAGAGCUUCUCGCUUCAAGACUCCAGAAAGCUAUGACAUCGGUUGGUCUAACUGGAAUCUCUUUGGACAAAGAUCCCCAAUCUCUAAGUGGUGGAUACAAAAGACGGCUUGCCCUAGCAAUUCAGUUGGUGCAAACUCCAGACCUGCUGGUAUUGGAUGAGCCUCUUGCUGGUCUAGAUUGGAAGGCCCGCGCAGAUGUUGUUAAGUUGUUGAAAGACCUGAAGAAAGAGUUGACAUUGCUUGUUGUCAGCCAUGACCUUAAGGAGUUGGCAUCACUGGUAGACCAGUCAUGGAGGAUGGAAAUGGGUGGAGUAUUGAAGAGUGAAAGCCUUCCUGUUUGAUUUCAUAUUUCUCGCUACCUAAUUUACUAACGACGCUGCAAUUAAGGUGAACAGAACCAAAAGUUACAUCAGACUUUCUUCCACAUGGUACGAAGCUGGAAAGUCUGAUUCAUCUACAUGUCAACUUGGCAAAUUGCAUGCAGAAAAAUAACCGAGUGACUGUUGUGAAAACUAAAGCAAAUUGCACAGCUGUGAGAAUUUGUUAGUACUAAAGUUAUGUUGCAUUGAAAACUAACUUUCGGCUGAUAAAGACAGGUCCUGCUGUACCCAUGCUUCAAGAGGUACGUAUUUUUAUUUGUUGGUUUUGGCUUCUCUUGAUUCUUUGUAUUAAAUUUUGUUGGAUUAUCUUGUUAUGGUAACCAUCACAUGAAAGUUUUCUUGCAAGUAGAAUGGGAAUAUGGAAACUUUGUUCUGCUUAUAUUGCUGUUUAUGUUGAUUGCACAGUACAGUGCUUGAACUAAAUAGUUUAAUCUACCUAUAUGAAAUGAUAUUAUUUUAUUUUCUUAAUGUUUCUUC